CGUCGACUCGGCGCGCCGCCCCGAAGCUCUUCCGUCAGCAGCGCAUACGUCGUCGUCAGCGGGUGGCACCGCAGCGCGAGCAUGUCCGCUCAGUCAGUGGUGACUUCGGCGCCACCGGUGGAGGUUCGCGUGAUCUCGGACACGAUGAUGAGCAAUGAGCUGGACAACGAGUAUCCGGAUCACGCCAAGCUGCCGCCCAGCAAUUUUCUCAAUAGCCGCGGCAACGAGUCGUCGGGCACGCGGCAGCGGCGCAAGGCUCGCUCGACGCGUCGCCGCCUCAACGCCAUGAUCAACAACACCUCGCUGCACUUCUCCGACACGGACAGCGAGGGCGAGCUCGCCGUGCCCCGAGCCAUCGCGCCCAACGGCCUGACCAACAAAGUCGUCGGCGGCGGUGCGACGGGACCCGCUAGUCUGUUGCAACCCGUGAUAUCCGUCACUCUGGACGGCAGCGGUGACUCCUCGUCGUCGAGACGCGGAAGUUUCAUCGAGAAUCUCACGGACGUCGACGAGAUCUACCCGAGCGACUCCGAGGCCGACGGUGUCCGCAACAGAAGUCGUCGCGCCAGUUUGGCCGUGAACACGGGCGGAGUCGUACAGGGCGAGACCGACCUCGAGGACAUCUCCAACGACGAGGAGGACGGCGUGGCCGACGCGCCGAUCUACGUGAAGCCGCGCAACGACAUACUCGUCGACUUCAACGGCGAGACCAUCACCACGAAGGAGGGCGACGGACCCUUCUCCGUGGAGAUCAGAAAUCAGAUGUCCAUAGACGAUCCCAGGCAGGAUCCGGACGCGGCCGCCGCCGCCGCGGCCAACGCCCCGGACAUAACCGUGGUGCCGACCACCGACAGCGAGGACAUGGAGGCCUCGGACGACGACGACGAUCUCCAGGGCGCCUGCGGACUGCCCACCUACGAGGAUCUGGACAUACUGGCCGCGUCGCAGAUCGUCGUGUCGAGCAAGAAGGAGCAGCCGCAGCAGCUGCUGACGGUCGCCGAGCCCGACGAUGGCGCCAGCGAAGGUCAUACCGAUGUCGAGGAUAUCGAAUAAUGCUCGAGAUUAAUAUUUUAUUCACGAUGCGUGUAACGCAUGUCUUUUAUAAAAAUGUUAUAGUCUUUUGAAAAAAGAUCGAUUUAUUCUUCGUGAAACAUUUUUUUAAAUAAUACAGAAUAGUCGUAAGUACAGCCGUUAUUUCGAUUUGAAUGUAAUUCAAUUAUUGAAAAUCAUCGUUAUAAUACUUCACGAAUACAUUAAAUUUUUCGAUUUUUAGUAUUAAUCAUGAUCUAUUGAGCUACAGACCUGUCGUUCUCAAUAUUAUUGUAAUCAAAAACAGGAAAAAAUAUUUUCAAAUGAUACUUUAUAACUAAUAACUCCGAAUUAAAAGAUAGCCCAUAUUUAUGUGUAAUAUAAGCCAAUGAAAUGUUGUCAAUAUCGAUUCUUGAUACUGUCGUAUAAUACGGCGAUUAUUUCAUAUCAUUCUAAUAUUCUUAAGUAUUUUAUGAUAAUAGUUUUAAUAUUAAACGAAAUAUAUUUCAACCGUUCCGACCAAAGAAAAAAUUUAUCUAAUCAGAAUCAUUCUAGAAAUGCAUUAUUUUUGUUACUACUAAAAAACUGUAACUGUAUGGGAUUUACAGGUGCUAUGUCUAUUUAUGUCCAUUGUUUAAGAGAAAUAAUAAUAAAUUAUUGAUCAUAUCUCUGUA